AUGCGCAGGCCCCACCCCCGAGGCCUCGCCUUAGCCCCGCGGCCUCAAGUCGACGCGGGGCCCCUCAAGGGGGCCCCCGCAGGCCCCUCGGGGCCCCUCCAGGGCACUCUGGGGGGCCCCCAGGGGCCCCCCAGGGGCCCCUGUGGGGCCCCCCACCCCCAGCAGCCUGCCCACGGCUACGCCGACAGCAGUCUUUAUGCCUGUGGGGCCCCCAAUUAUCCCCUUGGGGCCCCAGAGGACCUUCAGCAGCCCACCAGCAUGGGGGCCCCUGAGGGGGGCCCCCUGGGGGCCCCCCUGGGGGCCCCCCCGGGGGCCCCUGAGGGGGCCCCCCUUGGGACCCAUGAGGGGCCCUUGAACUCAGAGGGAGAGGAGUACGGCUGCUGCGAUAUUGGCUGCAGCUGCUGCCAGCACAGCGCUGACCGAUAUGCUGCUGCUGCUGCUGUGUGCGACUGCUGCAGCGCAGAAGCAGCAGCAGCAGCAGAAGCAGCAGCAGCAGCAGCAGACACAGGGUGGCCUGAAGAUAGCCACAGAGAUGACUCCCACAGCAGCGAAGAAGGAGGCUUUUGCUGCGAGGGCUGCUGCUGCAGCUCCCCCACAGAGCCUGCAGAGUUGGGGGAUUCUUACGGCAAAGCAGCAGCAGCAGCAGCAGCUGCUGCUGCUGCUGCUGCUGCAGCAAACGCAGCAGCAGUUGGGGGACAGCGAGUCGGCCGGGGCCGCCUCGACAAGCGAGCUGUGCUGCAGCGGGAGCUGCAGCAGCUGCACCGCAAGCAGCAGCAGCUCUUAGAGCGGCACCAGCGGCUGCAGCUGCAGCGCAUGCAGCAGCAGCAGCAGCAGCUGCAGCAGCAGCACGCAGGCCGCAGCACAAGCCCCGCCGGGCUCCGGCGUCCCCGGGAGCAAAAGAGGGCCCCAUGGGAUGGGGAUGUCCACGACAUGUCUCAGCUGCGGGCAACGCCUACGGAGCUGCUGCUGCGGCGGCUGCGCAGCACAAGUCCGCAUUCUGCUGCUGCUGCUGCUGCUUACCGGCAGAAGCUUGCUGCUAUGGAGACAGACCUGAGGCCUUUUGUGGAGGUCUACAAGAUGAAGUACAGCGGGCAGCAGCAGCAGCAGCUGCUGCAGCAGCAGCAAAGGAAAAUGCGGGUGGCUGCUGCUCGAGCAGCAGCAAGCCGCAGCAGCAGCAGCAGACGCAGCAUGCACGACCCCGACUACCUUGGCACCCAGCAGCAGCAGCAGCAGCAAAAGCACCAGCAGCAUCGCCACCACUACUACCCGCUGCAGCAGCAGCAGCAGUACAAGCUGCAGCUGCAGCGCCACCAGAAGCAGCAGCAGCAGCAGCAGCAGCAGCAGCACGACUUGCUGCUGCAGCAGAACGGCAGCAGCACAGCACGCGGGGUCACCGGAGAAGCUCCCCUACGCCGGGGCUCUCCCAGCCCCCAGCGGCGGCCCCGCACUGCGAAUUUGCUGCGGCAUUCCUUCCGCAGCAGCAGCAGCAGCAGCAGCAGCAGCAGCAGGAGCAGCAGCAGCAACAGGAAGCACCGCAGGAGGCGUCGAGUUCGAAACACGUGCAGCAGCUGUUCUGCUGCUGCUGCUGCUGCUGCACAGGUGCAGGCGGUGCAGGCAGCCCUUGGAGCUGCCUACGCACCGCAGCUGCAGCAGCAGCUGCUGCUGCAGCAGCAGCAGCUCCUACAGCAGCAGCUGCUGCAGGCACCUAUUCCUCUGGGGUCACUGGGAACUUCGCUGACACAGUCGCAUGCCUUUGCUCUCCCGCAACUGCAGCAGCAGCAGCAGCAGCAACAGCAGCAGCAGCAGCAGCAGCAGCAGCAGGCUUCUGACGUGGAGAAGGAGCUGCAGCUGCUCGACGAAAUCCACAGGCAGCUGCGGAUGAUCGAGUUAGCAGAGGCACAGACAAGUUCCAGCCCGUUGCAGCAGCAGCAGCAGCAGCAGCAGCAGCAGCAGCAGCAGCAAGCACUGCAGCAGCUUCAACCAGCGCAGCAGCAGCAGCAAGCAGCCUCGCAGCACCAGCAAGCCCCGCCGCAGCAGAUGCAGCAGCAGUUGCAGCAGAGGCUUCAGCAGCAGCCGCAACCGCAAGUUCCGCAGCAGCAGCAGCAGCAGCCAUACCAGCACCUGGAGGAACAGCGACUUCUGCAGCAGCAGCAGCAGCAGCAGCAGCAGCAGCAGCAAACUCCCUUAGCACAACAGACACUGCAGCCGCUACAAGCUGAGUUAGUGCAGCAGCAACUGCUGCUGCAGCAGCAGCAGCGCCUGCUUGAGCGCCGGCUGAAAGAGCUGCAGGAGCAGCAGCUACUGCUAAUGCAGCAGCAGCCGCAGCUGCAGCCCGACAACGCACCCCAGCAGCAGCUGCAGCAGCAGCAGCAGCAGCAGCAGCAGCAGCAAGAGGAAACCCUGCUGCAGCCAGCAGCACCGCCCCUCCGCUCUCCUGCCCCAGCCAUGUUGCUGGACUUGGGGCCCCCAAGAAGCAAAGGGGGGCCCCCGAGGGGCCCCCCCGGGGGCCCCUUGCUGGAGCUGCAGGUGACCUCGGCGCCUCAGCAGCAGCAGCAACCGCAGCAGCAGCAACCGCAGCAGCAGCAACCGCAGCAGCAGCAGCAGCAUGCUGUUGGCCCGCUGCUGCAACAGGAAGCAGCGGCAGUUUUGUCUGAGGCAUUUAUGCCCGCUGCUGCAGCAAACACGAGAGGUGCAGCAGCGCCAGCGGCAGCAUCUGUUGCUGCUGCUGCUGCUCCACCUCCCCAGUUUGUGCCUACGCAGCAGCAGCAGCAGCAGCAGCAGCAGCAGCAGCAGCAAGAGCUUCCUGGAAUGGCGGAGGAAACCCCGCCUGUUGGUGAUGCUGGUUGGGCAGAGAGCCUGCAGCAGCAGUUGCUGCUGCUGCAGCAGCAAGAGCAGCAGCUCCUGCAGCAGGAGGAAUUUUUGCGGCUUCAGCUUCAGCAAAAGAAGUCUGCGCGCUGCAAAAAUAAAGGGGCUGCAGCCACGGACUCCCCAGAUAAGCAGCUGCAGCAGCAGCAGCAGCUGCUGCUGCAGCAGCAGCAGCAACUGGUGCAGCACCGGGAGGCUUUCGUGCUGCUGCAGCAGCAGGAAUGGCUGGAAGCCCCGCUGCUGCCGACACAAGUCUCAAGUGAGUGCAAAACAGAGGUAGAGUUUGUCCUCGAUGCCAAGCGCUGUCUCUAA